AUGGCAUCUUCCUUCUAUCGAGUUCUCUUCGUUGUUGGCCUCUGGGCUUCCACCCGUUGUGCACCCCCAUCCAAUGCCCCCAGCAGAGGGUCCUCACACUCUUCCUCCACGAAGAGCACCUGCACCUCCCCACUGUCCUCCAGCAACACCUACUUCGCCUUCCGCCUGUACCGGAGACUGGUUUUGGAGACCCCGAGUCAGAACGUCUUCUUCUCCCCCGUGAGUGUCUCUGCUUCCCUGGCUAUGCUCUCCCUUGGGGCCCACUCAGCCACCAAGACCCAGAUCCUCCAGGGCCUGGGAUUCAACCUCACACAUGUGCCAGAGUCUGCCAUCCACCAGGGCUUCCAGCACCUGCUCCACUUGCUGAAUGUCCCCAGCAAAGACCUGGGCUUGAAGUUGGGAAGCGUCCUCUUCAUCAAAAAGGAGCUGCAGCUGCAAGCAGAUUUCCUGGACAACGCCAAGAGGCUGUAUUCGUCGGAAGUCUUUUCUACAGAUUUCUCCAACACCUCCGGUGCCCAGGAGAGGAUCAACAGCUACGUGAAGAAGGAAACCAAUGGGAAGGUUGUGGACAUAAUCCAAGGCCUUGACCCUCUGACAGCCAUGGUCCUGGUGAACCACAUUUUCUUUAAAGCCAGGUGGGAACAGCCCUUUAAUGCCGCAGAGACAAGUAAAAGCUUUCCAUUCCUGGUGGGCAAGCGGACGACUGUGCAUGUCCCCAUGAUGCACCAGACGGAGCAGUUUGCUUUCGCGGUGGACCCAGAGCUGAACUGCUCUGUGCUGCAGAUGGACUACAGGGGAGGCAUCGUGGCAUUCUUUGUCCUCCCUGGCAAGGGCAAGAUGAGACAGCUGGAGCAGGCCUUGUCAGCCAGGAUGCUGAGAAAGUGGAGACACUCACUCCAGAAAAGGUGGAUAGAGGUGUUCAUCCCCAAGUUUUCCAUUUCUGCCUCCUAUGACCUGGAAACCAUCCUCCCAAAGUUGGGCAUCCGCAAUGCCUUUGAUCAAAACGCUGAUUUUUCUGGAAUUACAAAGAGAGACUUCCUGCAGGUUUCCAAAGCUACCCACAAGGCUGUGCUGGACGUCGGUGAGGAGGGUACUGAGGCUGUAGCAGCUACCGCCACCAAGCUCAUAGUCCGGUCAAAGGACAGCCCCCCUCAUGCCACUGUAUACUUCAAUAAGCCCUUUCUAAUGCUGAUUAUAAAUGAAGCCACAGAUUCUAUGCUCUUCUUAGGGAAAGUUGAAAAUCCCACCAAAUCCUAG